GAGGAGGAAGAACUUGGCACGGAAAGUGGUUGUCUCCGGAUUUGAAAUUUGUUUCGCUUCUUAGAGCAUUUUACUCCACAAUUUUGGUCCUCACUGACUGCGAAAAUAACAACUGAGACAUUCCCUUUCUCUUGUUUAGCAAUUGGUCACCUCUAGAAGUUCAUGGCGAGCAAACGCAAUGCAAGGAAUAAAGUUAUUCAUCGACAAACAUUCCAGAACAGUAACCAGAUGGUGGAGUUAACAGUGAAAACAAUACCUAAACAGGCAGUUCGGGAUGAGGUCUCCAAAUCUCAGCCCCCAUUUGUUCGAGACUGUGCUCUUAGAAAAAAAUUACAAAAGGUUGUUGAUGAUAAGAACAACAAUAUCAAUCACAAAAAUGCCGGAAGAAAGGCCUCUGGAAAUUAUUCUAGCAACAGGGACAGAGCUAAGGGCUUGAAUGGACGAGUUACAGUUGAAGUGAUAAAAAAUAAAAGUAAACGAAACCAGCAUGAGGUCGUUUCACAUAAUGCUACUUGGGAAGAAAUGCUUCAUAGCUGUAGUACUAUCACAACUUGUAGUGACUUAGAUGCAACAGAAGACUCCUCUGUAUUACAGCUGACAAACAACAUGAGAAAUGAACCCUCCAAAUCUGCAGGACAACCACCUGGGAGGAUUGAUAAGGAAAACACAAAAAGUAAUUUAACUAGAGCUCAGAUUCACUUACAUAACCAACAAAAUCAGUCAGUACAAACAUCAUUUGUCAAUCCUUAUCAACAAAAUGUAACAAAUAACCAGUCCCAAAAUAGACAAGGGAACAAGAGACCUGUACAAGAAGAAUAUGAAAGACCUUAUAAUAGUCAAGUUAGAAACACAAGGUCAGUAGCAGUAGAGACAGAUCAAGAUAACAUCAGGUCAAAUGUCCAAGGAGGUCAUACACAGAGUUUAAACACAGAGAGAGUUCCAUCUAAUCAACUUCUCCAGCAGCCAGAACAGCAAUCAAGCAACAGGCUACUUUCUGAUGAUGUCAACAAUUCACCAUUUGGGGAGAGCGCCUUACAAUUACUUCAUCAACUUAGAGAAAGACUUAACACCAGAGGUGACAGUGAAGGGAGCAAUAUGAUUGGCGUUCUCGAGGCAUUUAUUGGCAUGCGAGGCAGCAUGGGCAGCGUUGGCACAGGCAACCCGGUCUUCCAAAUGAAUAGUGCUUCUCCUCUCUAUACCACUGUAUUCCAAACACCCUCAAACCAGCCCACCUCCUAUGGGGUCAGUCAACAGCCUGAGAUCACAAAAUGUCAGCAGCCCCAACAGGAAGAAGGUCAAUCAACAUGCAGAAAUCUUGCUAGCCAGCAACAGAAUCAGCAACACAAGCCUACCAGCCAAAAUCCGCAAGCAAAUAAGAGACAUGCCAAAGAGCAUGAUCUUGAAAACAAAGAGGAGAAUAAUGAUCAGACCUCUCACCACAGGGAAAAGGACAUUGGACAGUUAAGGAGAGUCAUAGAACAUCAGAGGCGGAUUAUUUCUGAGCAGGAAAAUAAUAUUCAAGAGCUGAAGACUUUGAGUGCACAUAUUUUAGCUCAAAAGACAGAGUUCUUACAGGCAGCCCAGACACAUCAGGCCGAUAAAGAAACACUCACAAAUCCCAGGAAAGAUUCAUCUCCCACACAGUCUACUGCACCAAAUCGAGACAGUGGUUACGGUUUUGAAGAAGUGGGGAAGGCAGACACUUCAACAGAGGAAGAUGAGAGCAGGCAAUCUGGAAGAAAGGCAAUGAACAAACAAAGAAAAACAGAUAGGGCAUUGAGAUCAUCUCUAUUACAGUUACAAACUGAAAACCAAAUAUUGCGGAGGGAAGUGCAGAGUAAUCGGGAUCUUAUACUAAAUCUAGAGAACCAGUUGACUAGAGCCUACAAAGAAAUUGACAGUGAACAUCAGUCUCGUUCUGGUCUCUCCAUAUCAAGGCUCUCAGGAUCAGCACCGAAUUUAGACCUAAUAGGACAUCGUAGUGAGGCAGCGUCCAUAAAGAGCAGAACAAACAAGAGAACACCAUCCGUCUUGGGUGAGAGUGAGGCAGACUCGGCAUAUGAAGAGAAGAGUGGCUCUCAUCUCACAUCAAAAAUCAACUCCCCUCACUCUGAUGGUCAGCAAGGGAAAGAUUCAAGAACAGGUUCUCUGAGAUCAUUCACCAUUCAGUCAAGGGAAAUUCCUGAGAGAGAGAGGAUGGCAGUGGUCACAACACAUGACAUUCCCACUGAUACAGCUCUUCUUCAGACUGGAUAUAUUGGCAAGGAGUUGACAGUACCUCAUACCCUCAUGAAUGCAGCUACCAUUCCAGCAAGUCAGUUUCUGCUCCAAAAUCCUGUUUUUACCACCCAAGAAAAUGAUUAUAGAGAAACAAAAGCAUCAGCAGAGAAGAGCACAGUAGCUGUUUCAGAAGUUUCAAAUGAAGGAGAUGGUAAACAAAAAUCAUUAAAACCAAGUCAACAACUCAACAGCAGCCGGAAUGUACCCUUACCCAAGAAAGGUCUUGAUGGCUUAGGAAUCAAAAUCAGUGAUCUUGAUCCUAAACCUGUAGUUGUUCUACAAGAUCCAACAUUUACUUCUUUCAGCACUGUGAGUGAACAAAGUUAUCAGGAAAGUGUUUUAACGUGUGAGAACUCUUUUCUUGAAGGAAUCACAAUGUCAAGGCAUGCAUCAAAACCUAACUCUAGGGUGACAUCUCCUGCAAACCUUAAUAACACUGAUCAUUCCUCUUUAGAUCUCCACCCACUAGAAUCAACUAGAGUAAAAGCUUCUUUCCACACUUUGAGUGAGUCUCAUGAAUUUGUUGCAUUAAAAGGAAAUGAGACCAGUACCUCUUCAGAAUUUAAUAGUGUUGAAGAACUGGAGUAAAUUCUGUUGUUUUCUCACUGUUUCUGUAAAUAUUGAAGAGUAAUACAAGAUAGAAAAUUUAUUUGUGAAGUCUGUUGGAUACUGAUAUAUUUUGGCAUUUAUUUUGACUGACUCUUUUCUCUUCUUGCUAUAUAUAGGUGAAAGUAGAAUUCCUAAUUGUUAUGCUCAAACUGCUGUUGUAUGACAGUAUAAUGCAUAUUUUUUUAUCAAUAACCCUAUUAAAAAAAAAUCCCCCCCCCCCCCCCCACACACACACACAGUCCUUCAUUGUAUGUCACUACUCUUGUCUUGUAAUAUUUAAGUGACCAUUUUUAGUCUUGCAAAGUUAGUUACUUUAAAUGCAUUUGUGGAAAGUAUUUUUCUGUAUGUAUUAACAUACAGAUUGUAAAUUCCAUGCUAUGUGAUCUCAUAAAGGAGUGCAUACCCUUUGUAUAGUGUUAGUAAUAUUUUUUUCCCCGUGUUCUAAAUUUUAUGUGGUAGCUAAAUCAGUAACAUGUUCAUUUAAGCAUUAUGAUAGGUUCUUACACAGUUAGAUAGGUACUUAGCACACAAAAAGUACUGUUUAUAGCACCCAGUUUUAUAGUUGCAUCUACCACAUACUCUCAGUACUAUUUGAUCUUCCACUUAAUCAGUAAUCCAUUCCCAAUGUAGUACCUGGUACUUAAUGCUUUUUAGCAUCAAGUUUUAGAUUAAGAGUAGAUAUAUUUAAGACAUAGAUUUGGGCAUAUGGCUUUUAGAUUAUUACAUUAGAGUUGAUUGUUUGCUGAUAAAUAUCUGUUGAAAUAUACAAAAAUUGUAAUCUGUACAAAAUGAUAAGCCUGUUUAGCAGAAAUAAGAGGUGAAAACCUUUUUUAUAAUAUUAAAUAUAUUUAUAUCCAAAUGAGAUUUUAAAAUAAAACACAGAAAUGAGUUUGUCACAAUGGGUUAACUUUACCUACUAUAGUGUCAAUAUUUGUAUGUGGUAAAUAUCAAGAUUACUGUUUACUUUAGCAGGUUUGUGGCAGUCCCAGAUGUCUUAAAUAUACCAUGAGACUUUCUGAAGUAUGAAGGAUAUUUUUACACUUCUGUUUUAUAUUUUUGCAAUAUUUGUUAUAUUUAUUCUGUAUAAUAAAGAUAGUAAUAC